UCCCCUUCUGCUACUUUAAACCCUCUCAGAACCCUAUCUGUCUCCAUUCCUUUCUUCUCUUCCCAAAACCCACAAAAAUGGCGCUCUCCAAACCCAUCUUCCUCACCCAUCUCAAAACCUUAGCAGCCAAACCCAAUCACCCUUCACCCUCCGCCGCCGCCUCCUUCAUCUCCUUCCGCCGCUCCCUGUCCUUCUCCUCCCCUGAAGAGGCUGCCGCAGAACGCCGCCGCCGCAAGCGUCGUCUCCGCAUCGAACCCCCUCUCUCCUCCCUCAACCGCGCCCAUUCCCAAGCUCAGCAAUCCACUAAACCCCAACAAUCCCAAAUCCCACAAAACCCAAACUCCCCCAAGCUUCCUGAGACCGUGUCUGCGCUCUCCGGCAACCGCCUCAACCUGCACAACCGCAUUCUCUCCCUCAUCCGGGAGAACGACCUCGACGAGGCCUCUCUCUACACCCGCCACUCCGUCUACUCUAACUGCCGCCCCACCAUCUUCACCGUCAAUUCCGUGCUAAACGCCCUCUUACGCCAGUCCAAGUAUUCCGAUCUCCUCUCCCUCCACCGUUUCAUCACCCAGGCCGGUAUUGCCCCCAACGUCAUCACCUACAACCUCAUCUUCCAGACUUACCUCGAUUGCCGCAAGCCCGACACCGCCUUGGAACACUACCGCCAGUUCAUCAACGACGCCCCAAUCAAUCCCUCUCCCACCACCUACCGCAUUCUCAUCAAAGGGUUGGUCGAUAAUGGGAGGCUCCCCAAGGCCAUGGAGUUGAAAGAGGAAAUUGGGGUCAAAGGAUUCGCGCCCGAUCCCAUUGUGUACCACUAUUUGAUGACUGGGUGUGUGAGGAGUGGGGAUUCAGAUGGCGUCUUUAGGCUUUUUGAGGAACUGAAGGAGAAGGUGGGAGGGUUUGUGGAGGAUGGGGUGGUAUAUGGGGGCUUGAUGAAGGGGUAUUUCAUGAGGGGGAUGGAGAAGGAGGCCAUGGAGUGUUAUGAGGAGGCGCUCGGGGAGGGCUCGAAGGUGAAGAUGAGCGCGAUUGCGAAUAACUCUGUGUUGGAUGCGUUGAGCAAGAAUGGGAAGUUUGACGAGGCCUUAAAGUUGUUCGAUAGGAUGAUUGGCGAGCACAACCCGCCAAGACGUUUGGCAGUGAAUUUGGGGAGUUUUAAUGUGAUGGUGGAUGGCUAUUGUGCCGAAGGGAGGUUUAAGGACGCCAUUGAUGUUUUCAGGAAGAUGGGGGAGUAUAGGUGUAGUCCGGAUACUUUGUCAUUCAAUAAUUUGAUCGAGCAAUUGUGCAAUAAUGGAAUGUUGGGUGAAGCCGAGGAGAUAUAUAGGGAGAUGGGUGAGAAGGGGGUGAAUCCGGAUGAGUUUACAUAUGCGUUAUUGAUGGAUACUUGUUUCAAGGAAGACAGAGCGGAUGAUGCAGCUGGAUACUUUAGAAAGAUGGUUGAGACAGGUUUGAGGCCGAACUUGGCGGUUUAUAAUAAGUUGGUUGAUGCAUUGAUUAAGGUUGGGAAGAUAGACGAGGCAAAGUCAUUUUUUGAUCUGAUGGUGAAGAAACUCAAGAUGGAUGUGGCAAGCUAUGAGUUUAUAAUGAAGGCAUUGAGCGAGGCUGGGAAAUUGGAUGAAGUGCUUAAUGUGGUUGAUACAAUGUUGGAUGACGAUGGGGUUGAGUGUAAUGAGGAGUUGCAGGAAUUCGUGAAAGCGGAGUUGAGGAAGGAAGGGAGGGAGGAUGAUUUGGGGAAGCUUAUUGAGGAAAAGGAAAGGCAGAAGGCUGAGGCUAAGGCCAAGGAGAUUGAAGCCGCAGAAGCAGCCAAGAGAAGUGCAAGAGCUGCCGUAUCUUCUUUACUUCCAUCUAAGUUGUUCGGGAAUAAGGAUAGUGAGACAGAGUCUGCUGAGGCCAAUGGAAAUGUUGUUGAGGCUGCUUCUGUAAAUGAAGCAGCGCAAGGUGGCCAAGAAGAGAUUUUUGGUGGAACUCCUUCUGUAGAUGCUGAUGGAAAAUCAGCAGUGGAAGCAGUUACUGAAGGUGUGGGUUCAGCUGGUAUAGAAACAAAUAAGUGAGUGAUGGUGCAAACUGAGCAGGUAACAAAUUUACUGUGCUACUUUAUUGGCGAUGAUUUUAAAGGAGAAAUGAUCGUCUUUUGUGUUCCUUGUCUUCAUCAACAUACUUAUGAAAUAUGAACCUAAUGGUCAUCUGCUACUAUGGUCAAAUUCUGUACAAUUAUAAUUAUUGGGAAAUGAUGAUGGUUUAUUUGCUUCAUUUGUUUUA